UUGGCCGGUGGUUAGAGACGGAGCGAGCGGAGUCGCAGAGGGAAAAAUGUCCCCGUUUUCAAAGUCGUUGACGCUGUCAGGCAGGAGAAUAAUCGCAGCUUGUCUACGGCACCGCUCCUCUCUUACAUCUGAUCUGAUUGAAAACAUGGAUAAGAAAGCGACCUGGGACCGCUUCUACGCCGAGAGCAGCAGCAGGACAGCCACCUUUAAAAACUUUGAGUGGUUCUUUGGCUUUGAUGCUGUCCGAGACUUCAUUAUGCCCCUCUUGCAGACCAAGUCUCACCCAGAUGCUCUCCUCCAAGUCCUUGAUAUGGGCUGUGGCACUUCUUCUUUGGGGCCCUGUAUUUACAGACACUCCCCUCUCCCGGUCCGGGUCACCUGUGCUGACAUUUCCCCCAUAGCCGUCCAACUAAUGCAGCAACACGUCCAAGCCGAAGCCAUUCAGCCUCACAAUCUGUCUUCUCAGCUUGAGUUUACAGAGCUGGACUGCACGCAGCUUCACAAACACUACUGUUCUAGCAGUGUAGACCUUAUAGUUGACAAGGGCACCACGGAUGCCUUGUUGAGGUCUAAGGAAGGGAAAGGGAAGGCCGGUCUGGUGCUGAGGCAGUGUUUGAAGGUGCUGCGGAGCUCAGGGUCUCUGCUCCAGUUCUCCGAUGAGGAUCCUGAUGCCAGGCUGCUGUGGCUGGAGACUGAGGCCCAGGAGCAGGGGAUGAUGGUAGCAGAUGUCGGAGUGCGGGAGGUUGGAGAGCUAAGGGGAGUUUUUUACUACUGCUAUGAAGUCACUCCUCGCCCUGUUGCAUAGCAGUAACUUUCUACCUCUGGACUGUCAUAAUAUCAAAGGAGUAAAUUUCUGAACACGAUUGCAAUAAAAAUGGAUGUGUGCUUUAUUUUCUAAAUCAUUGGUGUCAUUAUUUUCCUUUGAUCUAUAUAUGUCAGCUCCA